AUGUCAAUCCUUCUAGUGGAUUCAUAUGACUCAUUUACAUACAACCUGAGAGACUUAGUGCGUAGAGCCACAAAUGCCCAAGUUAUUACUAUUCACAAUGAUUCCUACGACAUUGAAAAAGAAUCUGAUUCUGUACAAUUGGAUACUUUAGUAGAGUCAGUUGAUGCUAUAGUGAUUGGGCCAGGACCAGGUUCACCAACUAAGCCCAGCGAUAUUGGUGUUAUCCCACACCUUUAUAAACAAUAUAUUCAUAAACCAAUCUUAGGCAUAUGUCUCGGAUUUCAAACAUUAUGUUUGGCAAAUAACUGCAAGGUAGACUAUUUGGAAGAACCAAUUCACGGUCAAAUCCAUUCAAUUGAUGUGGUUGACCAUUCUUCCAUUUUUAGAAACCUACCCGAUAAAAUAGACUCUGUGAGGUAUCACUCUAUCUAUGUUGAUGAAAUCGAUUCAUCGAAAACGAUCAAGCCAUUGGCCUUCUUCACAGGGGAAAAUAAUGUAAAAAUCUUGAUGGCUGCCCAGCAUAGGGAGUAUCCUCAUUUUGGUGUCCAGUAUCACCCUGAAUCUAUCUGCUCAGAAUAUGGAUUUGAAGUCGUUGAAAAUUUUUGGAACUUGGUUAAAAGUAGAGCUUCAGAUAGGUCGAUUGCCCACGAUAACCAUCUGGUUUCAGCAACCCCUUUGAUUGAAUCUUUUGAGUCGAACGGUUUAUUCAAGUUUCAAUAUUCUGAUAUCAGUUCAACACUAGACACUGAGUUUGAUAUCCUCGAAAUUUGUGAUACCAUCCAAUCCGAUGGUCAAGACACUUUGUUAUUGAAUUCAGCAUCAGCUCCUGGUCAAUGGUCUAUUGUUGGUAUGCCUAUUAAUAAGCAAUCGCUUGUUAUCACACACUCAACAGAGUCUCCCAACGAAAUCCUAGUGAACAAAUGGAAUGCUAAUGAGUUUGAGACAAUUGAAGUUGAUGAUAUAUUCAAGUUCUUGGCUAAGUUUGUUUCCCAGCGUUAUUUUAAUCCUACAAUAAAUCAUCAAGAAUUGAAGACCUGUCCUUUCGUGGGUGGACUGAUUGGCUAUAUGUCGUACGAGGAAGGAUUUUUUGUUGACAGACAAAACUUGAAGAAGCGUACAAAGUCAAAUAUAGAUGAUACGAAGCUAUGUUUCAUUGAAAGAUUCAUAGCUAUAUCACCCGAGAAGAAAGCCUACGCAGUUACAAUCAAAGAGGGUGAUGACCAAUUUUUGAGUAAUCUUAGGAACUUACUGAAAUCACGGAACACAUCUAGACCAGUUUUGGUCGAAUCGUUAUCUCGAGAAGCAAAAAUUACCACUCCAGAUAAGGAAGUCUAUUUUAGAGCUUUUCAUGAUUGCCAAAAAUACUUGAAGCUAGGAGAUUCAUACGAAUUAUGUUUGACUUACAACACCAUUGUUCAUCUACCAGAAAAAUACGAGCCUUGGGAGAUCUACAAAGCUUUAGUGAAGAAAAAUCCUUCACCUUAUUCCGCAUACCUGAACUUUAAAUCUUCCAUGCUAUUGUCUACGUCUCCGGAAAGAUUUAUAUCUUGGAACGAUAAGUUCUGCCAAAUGCGUCCUAUAAAAGGAACAUUGAAAAAAAAUCCUGAAAUUGAUUAUCAGAAAGCUUGCAAGUUGUUGAAAAUUCCAAAAGAAUUAGGUGAGAACUUGAUGAUUGUUGACUUGAUCAGAGACAACCUCUUGUACCUUCUGGAUAAAAUCAAUGUUACUGAAUUAAUGUCAGUUGAAGAAUAUGAAACUAUUUAUCAACUUGUCUCAGUUAUAGAAGGUGAAUUUACUAAUAAAUUCACAGGGAUCGAUGUAUUGAAAAACUCUUUACCCCCUGGUUCCAUGACCGGUGCUCCAAAGAAGAGAUCCGUAGAGAUUUUGCAACAGUUGGAAGACAACCAACGUCGUGGCUUAUAUAGUGGUAUCUGUGGGUACUGGUCCUUGAAUGACAAUGCUGAUUGGAGUGUUAUUAUACGAUCACUGUUCAGGUAUGCCGAUGAUUUAGACAAUAUGGACGGUUAUGAUACGUAUAGAUGCGGUGCUGGUGGAGCACUCACUGUUUUAAGUACUGACCAAGGUGAAUGGGAUGAAAUGCUCAUAAAGUUACAUAGCGUUCUCCAACUUUUUGAGUAA